UUCCUGUGGAACGCCCUGGCUACAAAGAUGUUAGGAAGGAUGCCUUGCUCUCUUGGGUUCCCGAGUUUCGACAAAGAGUGGGUAGUGUCAGGUCAUCCCAGCCGUAGGCGACACAGGUGAUACAGGAACCAGCUGUUGAUCGUCCCCAACGGCAUGGAUUAUCGGCAUGCGCUUCCCGCAUAAUGCUGGGGAUAGAUUUUUCAGACUUUGGAAAUGCUAUCGUGGAAGGUUGUAUUUCACGGGUUAACCUUCGGAGAAGAUUUCAAUUCCUCGCCUCGUGCGAGGCUUUGGGUGGCGACAACGGAAUAUCAACUUUUCACUUGAAGUAUCAUCAAACACGGUAUUAUACAUCUUAUAAAUGACUUUGUCAAACUAUAGCACUC